AUGGCAAGAGUUGUGAAAGUGCCAACUGCUACUCCCCCAUUCGGAAAAACACCUCUAAAACAUGGUGCUAAAGUGGAAAUUGUUAGCCUUGGCUCCUCUAAGGCUGUACUAAUGGAGCCGACAGGUGCUCUCAGAGCAAAUGCUGCAAAUAAUUACAACUGUGGAGAUAAAUUCGUUGUUUCUCAGUUGGGAUCAGCAGUGAUGUUACAGUGUCCUCUAACCGGACAUAUUAUUGGCGCUAAUGCUGGCUAUCUGUACGGGUACAGAGCGAGUGAGCAGCAGGCAGCACUAAGAGUAUACUAUCACGAGGAUAGCGGUGCUAUAGAGUUCGAGGCUUGCGCUGAUCCUGGCAAAUUCCUUGCUUUUGACAGAGUUGGCAAUAUCAUACCUCUAAAUGGGAACUCUACGCCGUUACAGAGAAUGUUCGCUGUCAGAGUUGUUGAAAAAGUAGCAAAACAAGAAGCACCGAAGAGCUCGCUGUCAGGCAUGUUGAACAUGGGAAUGAAAGCUGUCACUAAAGCAGUCGGAGAGGGUGAAGUUCAGCUGAACUUUGAGAGAAACAAUCUUAGAGGUGCACUACUGAACCGAGCUAGAGUCAGAUUACGAAGUACUGUGACAGGCAAAUACCUAGCUAUAAUGGCUAACGGUAUAGUCCACGGUAACGGGGAUCCUUCAGACGAACUGAUAGUUCACCACUGUUUUGGAGUCAUGAGAUACGCUUUCCAGUCGGCAAAGUACCCUAAUCUAUGGCUGUGUGUUACCUUGGAUAACAUUACUUGGGCCAUGGUGAACCACACGAUGAAACAAGGUAAAACUGAGAACCCCUCGAUGGUGUGGGAAGUUGACAAGUGUAAAUCUGACGGUCGGAUCCUGCUGCGUAGAAACACCCAGAUCUCUAACGGGAUAAUUCACCAGUUCCUGGGAUUUGCUCCGACUGGUAAACCUACUCCCACUCUUAUACAUCCUGAAGAAAUGGGGGAGAUUAUUGUGGAGAAGACAUCAGCACCGCUACACGCAGUGAACAACGCUCCAGUAACACUGCACGCUCAGAUCAACGCACCAGCCCCUAUUCCUGGCGCACCGUCUGCACCUCCCGGGUACAGCGCGGGACCUCCUCGCCCUCCCCCUAUUGGUGCAGCUGCAGGUGCUGUUCAUGUUAACUACAACUCCGCUCCUCCUCCUCCUCCACCGAUGGACACCUCACCUGGGGGCCUGUACGCUAUACCUCCUGGUGCUCUACUUUACGAGGGAUCAGUUGUGGUGAUGAAGAAUAAUAUUGGGUAUAUGUGUUCCUCCGGCGGCCAACUCGAAACUUCCCCGGCUGUAACACAAGAUUGUGGUUGGAAAGUGACUUCCACUGGAUUCAUGAUGUUUUCCUUUGAAAAUGCUAAAAACGGUGGCUUUAUGAAGGCGACAGAUUCUAACGUUGUAAUUGGUCCUCCAGGUAACGAUACGAUGUUUGAAGUUAAGUUUAAUCCUAACGGUUCGGUGAGUUUCCAGUCAACUGUCAGCAAUAUGUUUAUUGGGAUCAAGGAUCCGGAGAUGUAUCUGGAGAUGGCAUCAUGAGAGCUUUCUCUUUCUCUUUCUCUUUCUCUUUGGGCAAGUGAAGCAUAUUAUGGGACAACACAACUUUCAUGGGCUUUUUGGUUACUUUAAUUAGACAAUUAUGUGGUUGGGAUGGGCCUAAUCCUCCCAGCCCUUUUUUAGUCAGCCCCUUUUUAGUCAAAAUUUAUUCGAGAAAAGUUACUGUUACAUGUUAUAGGAUCCUAUAGGACAUGCAAUGUUUAUUUCCUCUUGCGUUGAUCUGCAAAACAUCUAAUAAUUUGUACACGGUUCAUAUCCUCUCUUGACCUCAUUUCUUUUCUUUCUUUAUCUCUGAAACAAAAAGUUGCAUAAAAAAGGGGAUUGUUAUUGUCGUGUUAGUAUUAUGUAUUUCCUUUCUUUACUUUAAAUAAUGAUUAUGUAAUUUAAUGCGGUUGAUUUAGCAAUUUUGUAGUCAAUGCGUUAUAGUGUAUAUCAGUAGUUAUAAUAUUAAAUAAAUAAUACUCGCUUAUAUGAAGUGUUAAUUAACGGAAUGAACUGCUGUGGUUGAAGGUGUGAAGUUUAUGUAUAACAUUACUUAAGUUUUAAAUAAGAGCUGAAAUUAUGGCUUUUUUUGCAAUUGAGAUCAUCGAACAAUUCUGUUUUCGUCUGGAAAAAGACCUGUUACAAACAUAUAGGGUCACCUUUUUUAUAGAAUUUUUUUCGCACAAUUCGAUUCGACUGAUUGUUUUCCAGUAAUUUCGAUGCGGGAAAUUCUUGACGCAUUUUACGUUGUUUUUGGUUAAGAAAGUCAGGCAAUUUCAGAACAC